AUGGUGCAUAAGAAGACCAUUAUUAUUAGAUUGUGCGCUGUGAUGUUGAUAGCCAUGGUGGUGGCUGUUGCGGUUGGUGUUAGCCGCAGAGGUGGCAGUCAUCCACCUAGUCAGGUUGCCACUACAUCAAAGGCUAUCAAAGCCAUUUAUCAACCAAAUGAUUACAAACAAACUUGUGAAGAUAGCCUCAACAUUCAGGGUGCAAACUUGACCAACCCUAAAGACUUGAUCAUGGUUAGGUUUGAAGCCGCAAUUGAUGAGCUGAAGCUGGCCGUUAAAAACACUUCUGCAUGGAAAAAUGCAAAUAAAGAUCCAAAGGUUAAAAGGGCUUUUGAGAAUUGUAAUGAUCUUUUGGAGGAUGCCAUUGAAGAUCUCAAUGUCUCCUUCAGUCAGAUGGAUAAAGUUGAUUUUAGCAAAUCUGAUUAUCACAUUCAGAACGUGAAAGUUUUUCUCAGCGGUGCUGCCACAUUCCAAGAAAUUUGCUUAGAUGAAUUCGAUAACGUAACGGGUGAUUUUGGAGAGAAAAUGAAAAAGCUUUUGAAUACUGCAAGGCAGCUCACAAGCAAUGGUCUUGCGAUGAUGGAUGAUUUCUCUGCAGCCCUCGACUCAUUACACGUUCAAAUCACAAAGAGACGACUUCUCUCUACAAAGGAAUUCCCUCCAUGGAUUAACGAGCGGCGUCGUAGACUCUUUGCUGAAACUCCAGGAACAAUUCGAGCUGAUGUUAUUGUAGCUCAAGGUAGUGGCAAGUUCAAGACCAUCUCUGAAGCUCUCAAUCUUGUCCCUGUCGACAAGAAAAACCCUACCAAUAAGACAUUUGUCAUUUACAUCAAAGAAGGAAUUUAUAAAGAGAAAGUCACCGUCACCAAGUACAUGCCCAAUGUUAUGUUCAUCGGCGAUGGCGCCCAGAAGACCAAGAUCACCAGCGAUAAGAACUUCAUUGAUGGAACCAACACAAUGGACUCGGCAACAGUUGCCGUAUUGGGACCCAGUUUCAUAGCGAAGGACAUUGGAUUUGAGAACACUGCGGGAGCUGAGAAGUACCAAGCUGUGGCCUUGCGUGUUCAAGCUGACCGUUCAAUCUUCUACAACUGCCAAAUGGAUGGAUAACAAGAUCUUUUCGCUCCUGCUCAUCGCCAAUACUACAGAGACUGCACCAUCACUGGCACCAUUGACUACAUCUUUGGUGAUGCAGUUGCCGUUUUCCAGAACUGCAAGAUGAUAUUCAGGAAACCAAUGGCCGACCAAGCCGUCAUCGUUACAGCUCAAGGAAGAAGCGAUAAGAACUCAGUCACAGGAAUUGUUCUCCAAAACUGCACCAUCACUGGUGACCCUGAAUACGUGAAGGUGAAGGACACUAACAAGGGGUACCUUGGCAGGCCCUGGAAAUUGUUCUCAAGAACAAUUUAUUUGCAGUCUGAGAUUGAAGAUGUGAUUCAGCCCGAUGGAUGGUUGCCGUGGAAUGGUAACUUUGCUCUUGACACUUGUUGGUACGCAGAAUAUGGCAACAGGGGUCUUGGUUCUGACACGGCAAAGAGAGUUACAUGGCCUGGUAUUCAAAAACUGAGCCCUCAGCAAGCUACAGAUUUCACCGUCGAGAAGUUCGUUGGAGUUGAUUGGAUCAAGACCAGUGGUGUGCCCUUCAACAGUGGAAUGUUCUAA